AGUUGUCCUUGUGUGCAAAUGGUCACUUAUCCGACAUUGGUGGAAAUUAUCAAUGAUCAAUGUACUUGCAAGAAAGGUCAGUCAGUUCACCAAUGAUAGCUAGCAACUGUCGUUGACGUAAUCAUUUCUCCGUUCUAUUUAAUCCGCCUCAAUCCAGAUUGGUAGUCAUUUAGCAUUUGUUAAACUGGUUGUUCCGUCAUGCAGUACGUCGGGUUUGACAAAACUUUAGCUGUGAGGAAAUUUCAAGAAUAUCUUCGCAUUAAAACGGAUCAUCCAAACCCUGACUACGAAAGGGCGAAUGAAUUUCUUAUAGAAUAUGCUGAAGAGUUGCAAGUAAAGGUAAAACUAGUUCCAAUCGGAGAUGGGGAAAGAUCGAUAGUACUGAUGCUUAUACCAGGAAAACAACCAGAGCUGCCGUCUAUUCUUCUCAAUUCACACAUUGACGUAAGCUGCGCGGAUUAUGCCAAUUGGAAGCAAGAUCCAUGGUCCGCGUACAAAGAUGAUAUUGGAAAUAUUCACGGUGUCGGGGCCCAGGACAUGAAAUGUGUUGGUAUUCAGUAUUUAGAAGCUAUCAGGAUUUUGACACUUUUAAGAAAAGAACGUUUUGAACGGAACAUUUAUAUUUCGUUUAUUCCUGAUGAACAAAUCAACGACGGUUCAUUGGGAAUGACAUUAUUCAUUCAAACGCAGGAAUUUAAAAACAUGAAUGUAGGUUUCGCUAUGGAUGAAGGUUUAGCCAAUCCUCUGGACCAAUAUUCAGUAUACUACGGAGAAAAGAUUCCGUGGUGGGUACGCGUCAAAUGUCAAGGACAAGGAGGGCACUCGUCGAAUCUAAUAGGACAGUCUGCCGCUGAAAAGUUUUCUCGUGUAAUAGCAUCAUUUAUGUCUUUUCGCGAAGGUGAAAUCGAAAAAUUGAAAAACAAUUCCACCUUGCGAGUAGGAGACGUCACGUCCAUCGAACUCACCGUGCUUGGAGGUGGAGAACGCCCAAAUUCGAUACCUCCUGAUUUUUCAGCCACGUUUGACGUCCGAAUUCCACCCUCGGUUAACUUAACCGAGUUCGAAGAGAUGUUAACCGGAUGGUGUCAACAAGCGGGCAAAGACGUCACACUUGAAUUUUUAUACAAAGGGAUGUGUCAGGUGACAACUCGUAGUGACGAAUCUAGUCCAUGGUGGAUCACUUUCACUGAAGCACUUCGAGAAAACAAUCUGAAGUUUUCUAAAGAAAUUCACCCCGCAUUUUCAGACGGUCGUUUUCUGAGGGAGAUCGGUAUUCCGGUAAUAGGAUUCAGCCCAAUGAAAAAUACUCCCAUCGCCCUUUUCACAUCAGAUGAAUUUUUGAACGAGGAUGUAUUUUUGGAUGGUAUUAGGGCAUACUGUGCCGUUAUUAGUGCCGUUGCUAAUUUGGACACGGAGUGGGCUUGCUGAUCAUUUUCUACAUUGUUUUCUCUGUUUUUGUGUUGGGUUGUUAUUGCAAAAAAACAUUUUCCAUUCAACUAAUUUACCGGGCCAUUUAAUUUUGUUUAUGCCACAGAUAUGCGUUAUUGCAAGAAGACAAUAUGAAUUUUCCUUUUUACCCCUAUGGAGUCUUGCGGUAUCCGAUAUUUCACCCUAUGUUUUGUGAGUUUUUUAUAAUUCAAUGCAUUACUUUGGCCAAUUCAGUCACUUGAUAUUUGUGUCCACAUAUGGUACAUUGCUCCCUCGUUUUCAAUUAAUAUUGCUAUUCGAUACCAUGAAUUUACAAUUUCAUUAAAUUGAAUGUAUAUCAUAAACUCAUGCCUCAUCGUAUUUACUCUUUCUUUAUGUUAUUUGUUCAUGUUAUUAUUUUUAUUGGAUGAAACAUCUUAUAAAUCACAGUUGGUCAAUCUUUGUGUUUAACAUUGCAAUGCACAGUGGCAAUACAUGACUAAAACAAACACGA